UCAAAAUGAUCAAUGAAAUCAACAUAGUCUUUCUAAGUCAACUUCUGAAUAAUAUUCAUUUAUCUUAAUCCCAUGUUGAUGAAGCAGCUCGCUUCUAUAUUAGACACAGUCAUGAUCAAAAAUCUUAAUAAUCUUUAUGUGAAGAAUGGUGCAACUAUUUUCAUUUUGCUAAAGGAAAUGUAGAUGGAGAUAAAGCCAUCAUUUCUCUACUUUAUAUGGCAUAGAGAGUAAUUGAGUCUGUUAUCAAAUUUGAAGGAGCAUGUAAAUUUAUAAUUAAUAUUUUUAGACUCUUUAAUGAGUGAAGUAUUCAAAAAAUAAAUUUACAAAGCUUUUGUUAUACUUAAAGAUUAUAGUUGGACUUAAGAUCUAAAGUAACAAAUCAAGGACUUAAUUAAAUAAUGGGAAGAAAAACAAUUAUUCACUAAAUUAGAAGUUUAAAAUAUUUUAGAAACAAUUGAACCUUCAAAAAUGAACAAAGAAAAAUUCAAAAAUUAGUUUGCUCCACCUUUUUUUCUUAUAGAAUUUGCCAAAAACUAUAGAGUAAGUAAAUUUAGAACUAUUUAUUUUUAAGGAAUUAUAAAUUAGAUAAUAAAAAGUCAAUGAAUAUUAAAUGAGACUUGAUGAACUUAUCAAUUGUGGAGCUUAAGAUAAAUUAAACUUAUAUGAUUCAUUAUUAGAUUAAUAUUCCAAAUCAGUUGAAAGUGUACAAAAAUAUAGACAACUUGUAAUAAAAGACGUUCUAGAUAAAUUGAAGGAAUUAGAUAAAAUUCAUUCAAAAAGUAUUAUUGAUUUAAAAUAUCUUGCAAUAAGAGUUUAAGAAUUGAAAAAUAGAAAGGAAAAGAGAAUAUAAAAUGAAUACUACCAUGAAUGA